AUUCCGAGGUCCUAUACACAAGGGUACUAGGUAACAAGCUCGUACUUUGUUUUCGUAGCCCCACUCCGGAAACAGACCGGUAAAUUUACACUAGUCAUGACAAUGUAUGAAAUACCAGACGCCCUGCGGGGGUACUCCGGAAGUACCACCAUUACCAUUCCAAGAAUGGAAAAAUGCAAGAAAAUAAAAAUGAAAAGGAAAAAAAAAGACAAAAUCUAUUUUCUCUUCCGAAUUAUCAGAAAAACAAUUACACACAUUCACACACGCCCACCCACCUGGCCUACCUACUCGGCACUCUCCCGCUCUCUCCAUACAUAGGUUCCGGACCACGGAAAUGGAGGGAGGAAGAAGAAGAAGAAGAAGGAGGCGCGGCUAGGAUCCCUUUCCUGUACAUACAAGUACCUACUUACUGUACACCCUUCAUCGGACUUUUCUUUCCCUGUGGCCACCGUCACACUUCCCCCAUAUUUCCAUACUUUUUUCACAUUUUCCCAUCAUUUUUAUUUCCUUCGAUUUUCCCCUUGUACCAUUACCAGUUCAUACCGAAUUACUGUUCUCUCCCACGCCCUCCUCUUCCUCCUCUUCCUCCCCUCCCCCCCCGUCCCAUAAUCUCAAAGUCUCCACCGACCCGUCGUUUAACUAUCUUCCCUUUCCUCAUUUUUCUCGCCCGCUCCACCGCGUACUAAGUUUCUCCUCCCCCAUAUUCCUACGGUCGAUUUUUUCCCUUCUCUCUUUUCUCUCUUCAUUCCCUCCACGCCUCUCCUCGACAACCUCGCACCUUCCCCCCCUCCCCAUACUCGACACAUCCUCCCCUCCAGACCGGCGGCUCCUUUUGCGAACCUCCAAUUUCGUCCCCAAUUGCUUCGACUAUUCGUCGUUGCCGGUCUCUACCUUUCUGCGUCGACUAUACCCGGACGGGAAAGAGAAUUACCACCCCGUGGCAGACUCUCCAUCCGAAAUCGACUCCGACCGUGCAUC